GUCUCGUGUGUCGAGUAGAUAAUGUCACUACAUCAGUGUCACGAGAGCCGUAGGCGAGUGUGGAUGUAGGAGACAGUUAUCACUAGGACAUUGCCGAGCCAGUGACGAUACAGACGAGAAAUUAGGAGGAGUUACAUGUGGCGACGAGGAAAAAGAAUAUCCCAAACAAUUUGAAAACCAUGGCUAAUACACUACCGCCAUUGGAAGCGAUAGACGUUGAGGGAGAUACUGUUUCUGUUGGAGGUAGAUGGGAAAAAUGGAAGCGAGCACUGCUGAUAUAUCUUGAUGCCGCCGAAAUUACAACACCUCAAAAGAAAAGAGCGACAUUAUUACAUUUUGGAGGAAUUGGUCUCCAGGAAAUUUAUUAUAAUUUACCCGGUGCUCAUGUUGAAGUGCAGGACGGAGUUGAUAUCUUUCAGGCGGCAUUAGAGAAACUGGAUGAAUUCUUUCUUCCUAAACAAAACCGUGUGUAUGAACGCCAUAUGUUCAGACUCCUUAAACAAGACGAUGGUGAAAAAUUCGAACGGUUUUUAGUUAGGCUUAGGAAACAGGCGGAUAAAUGUAAUUUUGACAAAAAAGAUGAUCACCUCAUUGACCAGAUCACAGAGAAAUGUGCCUCUUCUGAGCUACGUAAGAAAAUUUUAACCAUCGGUGACAGCAUUACUCUGGAAAAAAUUAUACGUGAAGCUAAUACAUUGGAAAUAGUAAACAAUCAGUUGGAAAACUAUGGGAGCAAAAAGGAAGGAGAUAAGGAAAUAAAUGCUAUACUGUAUAAAAACAAAAAAGAAGAGAGUUUACAGGAAAAACAAACGAGUUUCAAGAGGAAAAGCUGUGGUAGGUGUGGCAGUACUCGUCAUCAAUCAGAGGAUGAUUCAUGUCCAGCAAAAGGGAAAAAAUGCCAUCAUUGUGGGAGAAUUGGACACUUCCGACAGUAUUGUAAAACACCAAAAGGAUAUGUGAAAAGGAAAAACGAGGAACAAGGAACCUCAAAAGAUAAUAAAGGACAAGCUCGAAAUAUAAGAGAUAAUAAGAAAAGGAAAAUAGAAGUAGACUAUGUUUUUAAUGUUGAAGAUGAUGCAACAGUGGACUGCUCGAUUGGUGGUAUAAAAAUUAACAUGUUAGUAGAUUCUGGCUGCAAAGUUAAUCUGAUUACAAAAGAAAGCUGGGAAAAUUUGAAAAGUCAAGGAGCGAAAGUUGGAAAUCAAGUCCCUAACCCUAACAAAAUCUUAUUUGCUUACGGAAGUGAUAUUCCACUUAAUAUCACAGGAUCGUUUGAAACUGAAAUUGCCAUAAAUAAUCGGAAAGAAGAAGCUACAGUUUAUGUUAUUUCUGGCGGUACUAGAGAUCUUUUAGGAAAGGACACAGCUAAAAAGUUAGGCGUUCUUAGAAUUGGCGUUGAAGUAAAUAUUAUUGACAACGAUAAAAUAUUGCCAUUUGCCAAAAUUAAAGAUGUGCUCAUUGAAAUCCCCAUUGAUGAUACAAUUAAGCCCGUAUCGCAACCAUAUAGACGGAUACCAAUUCCUUUAGAAGAGAAAGUGGAAAAGAAAAUUCAAGAAUUACUUACGCGAGAUAUAAUCGAAGAAGUCCAAGGACCUUCAAAAUGGAUAUCUCCAAUGGUUCCUAUACUUAAAGGAAGUGGUGAUAUAAGAUUAUGUGUAGAUAUGCGACGUGCUAAUGCAGCUAUAAUGCGAGAAAAUCAUCCUUUGCCAUGCAUGGAUCAUUUCCUGCCUAAGGUUGGUAAAGCUAGAUACUUUAGCAAAUUAGACAUAAAGGAUGCAUUCCAUCAAUUGGAACUUCACCCAGAUAGUAGGUACAUAACCACCUUCAUCACAUCUAAAGGAUUAUAUCGAUAUAAAAGACUGAUGUUUGGUAUUAGCUGUGCUCCAGAAAUUUUUCAGAAAACCUUGGAAAACCUUUUGAUGAAGUGUGAUGGCGUCAUAAAUUUCAUCGAUGACAUAUUGGUUUUUGGUGAUAACGAAGCUCAACAUGAUAUGAGACUGAGGAAAGUAUUGGACACACUUAGGAAUAGUGGGGUGUUGUUGAAUGAUGAGAAGUGUAUAUACAAAGUACAAACCGUAAACUUUUUAGGACACGAAUUGACCCCCGAUGGAGUGCGACCCUUGUCCAAAUACAUAGACAGUAUAACUAACUUCAGAGUUCCAGCCACUAUUGAGGAACUACAGAGUUUUCUUGGUUUGACAAAUUAUGUUAAUAAAUGGAUACCUAAUUUUGCAACUAAAACUGAGCCAUUAAAAGAGAUUUUGAGGAAAAAACUAGGGAAAACUUCUGACAUCAGUCCCUAUUGGUUGAGUGCACAAGAUAAAGCUUUUAAAGAUCUUAGAGCAGCCCUAUCUCACAUAAAAUCUCUAGGAUACUACGAUGUUCGAGACCGAACACAGGUCAUCGCUGACGCUAGUCCAGUAGGGCUAGGAGCUGUGUUAGUCCAGGUCGACUCGAAAGGUCCAAGAAUAAUUGCAUAUGGUAAUAGAACGCUUACUGAUUGUGAACGGAAAUACAGCCAAACUGAAAAAGAAGUUUUGGCACUUGUUUGGUCCGUAGAACACUUUAACAUCUUUCUUUUCGGGAAACAGUUCGAUCUUGUUACGGAUCAUAAACCUUUGGAGAUAUUGUUUGCGCCAAAAUCUAAACCCUGUGCAAGGAUUGAACGAUGGGUACUGAGAUUACAGUCCUAUAAAUUCACUGUGAUCUAUAAACCAGGGAAGAUGAAUAUAGCGGAUCCUCUAUCACGUCUAUGUGUUUUGGGCUCUACAGGCAAAUCUGGAGGUGAUGAAUAUGUACAUCAGAUAGUUGAACUGGCUAGGCCUAAAGCUAUUUCGUUGAAAGAUAUAACUCAGGCUUCUUUAAAUGACAAGGAAAUAAUUGGCGUGAAGAAGGCAAUAUACGCACAAGAGUGGGUUGAGUCUGUGAAAAACUAUAAAAUUUUUGAAAAUGAACUAUGUUUUUAUGGCGAUAUACUGCUCAAAGGACAUCGAAUUGUAAUACCUCAGAUAUUGCGGAAGAACGUUCUUGAUGCGGCACAUGAAGGACAUCCAGGAGUGGUUGCAAUGAAAGGUCGACUGAGAUCAAAAGUGUGGUGGCCGAGAAUCGACAAGGACGCAGAAAAUUUAGUGAAAUCGUGUAAAAGUUGCACGUUAGUUGGGAUUCCUAAUCCCCCCGUUCCUAUGAAGCGACGCGAGCUUCCUGUAGCUCCUUGGAUUGACGUGGCAAUGGAUCUGUUGGGCCCUCUGCCCAAUCAUGAAUACUUACUGGUACUUGUGGACUAUUAUAGCCGUUAUAAAGAAGUUAAGAUUACUAAAUCUAUCACUAGCUUACAGAUUAUCACGCUGCUUAAAGAAAUUUUCAGUAGACUUGGAUAUCCAGUUUCAAUUACAGUAGAUAAUGGUAAACAGUUUGUCAGCAAUGAAUUCCGAACAUACUGCAAGGAAUGUAACAUCACAUUAUUCAAUACGGUUCCAUAUUGGCCUCAACAAAACGGGGAAGUUGAAAGGCAGAAUCGGGACAUUUUGAAACGGCUCAAGAUUAGCGUUAUAGAAAAGAAAAAUUUACAAGAAAGUCUGUGGGAGUAUCUCACAAUGUACAAUAGUACACCACAUUCCACAACCGGAAAGACUCCAUCGGAACUAUUUUUCAGACGUCAAAAUAAAGAUAAAAUUCCUUCUUUACAUGGUUUAGAUAGCCUUGAUAUUGAUACGGAUGUUAGAGAGCGGGACAAAAUUCAAAAGGAGAAAGGAAAGGAAUAUGGAGAUAAGAAGAGGAGAGCUACGGAAUCAAAUCUGAAUGAUGGUGACAAGGUUUAUAUUAAGAAUAUGGAAAAGACAAACAAACUCAGCUCGGAUUACGACCCUACACCCUAUACAGUUGAGUCUGCCAAGCACGGAGAUGUCACUGUCAGGAAUGACGAGACUGGAAAGGAAUUGAGAAGAAAUGUGGUCCACCUUAAAAGAGUAGAAGGUAAAUGGACCACAGUUCCAGACAAAAACCUUGACAGUUCAGGAAGUGAUGAUUUGUCCAUUGAUUAGAUAGGUUCAGUAGGUAUAAUGCUCAAGAGCGAUUCUGAUUAUAAUAGUGUCAGUCAUAAAUUAGUACCAUUUCUAGAACGAGUUCAAAAAGCAAUAUAAAUUCUUUAAAUACA